GUUCAACUGUAAUGCUGAUACUUCGGUUUUUCCCAUCUCCCUCUCAAAUUGUAGAUGAUAACUUAUAUAUCAUAUUAUGGUCAAUAAUCAAUUGAAGCAAAAUCAUUCAUUAGAUUUUCCCAAACUACCCAGAACAUUGAGAUAGGAAUUUUCAUUUGAAGACCAGGAUCUUCAAUUGUAACAGAAAGCUUGCAUUUAUUUAAGUACACUAUACUAUUAAAAUUAAAACAAUCUUUGCCAUGUGUCCAAACACCAGAAUCGCAUAUUUCCAUUAAAAAGUACAUUACAAAGCCUGUAAAUUGGCCUCUUUCAUGAACCUGAAUCAUGUAUGGGCAGAUCAAAAGGAACUGCAUAAUUUCUGUCCUAUCACACACGUGGGUUUUGGGUAUGGUAGCGGUAAGCCAUUUUGCCCUGUUCGCUCUUGGCCAGCUAAUGUACCUAGUGGCCAUUUCUGGCCUUCCAGGUAGUCCAUUUCUUCUCCACUUCUGUAAUAGACUAUUAGUUGACCCUGCUGGGCUCCAUUAUCUGCAAGUUGCAUCUCCCACAGCACCUUCUGGGUGGUAGUGUUGGUUCACUCUUGUUGUGAUGAAGCUCCCAUGGGACUAUCUGCAGUAGCGUGACCACAUUGAGGACAUCUAGGUUAGUUAUUUCCUUUCCCUGUGACUGACUGCAGUUUUCCAGUUGCCUGCUUUUGCUAUUCUUUGGAUUAAGGCAGCCAUUAUUGAUUCUAGCUAUCGUUUGGCAUCCACGAGUCUUUUGUUUUGGUGUUAGCAGAAUAUUUCCACAUUCGGAAAGAUUAGCAUGCAAGUCCAAAGCAUGGGUGAGUGUGCUCUCACCACAUACUCAGUGAGUGGUAAUUGUGGGCACAACAGUCAAAAGACUCCUAGCACUGUGAUUCUGAUUAUUUUUCCCCUGCUGUGGCUCGCAUUUAAAACAUCACAAAUUAGUAAUGUGACAGCUGUAGUGAUUAACUAUUUUGUUGUUUUCUGCAUCAUAACCUACAGAGGCUGUAAAUCUAGUUUUCCUAUUCAUCUGGGAUCUGGGCUUUGCUAGCAAUGCCAGCAUUUAUUGCCCUUGAGAAGGUGAUGGUGAGCCACAACUGUCAGUACUGUUGGGUCGGACAUUCCAAGAUUUAGACUGAUGCAACGCUGAUGAUUUUAUCAGCCAAUGAAUUUCAUCAUGGCUUAUUCCUUUCUAAGAAACUUCUGGCAUCCAGUUGAGGAAUAGCAUUUGUAAGGUUUUAUUUUCCAGUAAUGUAUAUACCACAUCUUUACCUAUGCAUUAAUGCUUUGUCAUUGUUGCCCAGUGUGGCGCUGCUGUUUACUAGAACUGAUUUCUUCAUCUUUGAAUUUGCCAUCUUCCCUGUUUUCCUUUUGGUCAAGAAUGUCUGCUUGCAAUAUUUUGUGAAAUGUGAUGGAGUUUUUCAUUAUGCUCAUUCCUCAGACUUGCAGCCAUUGUUAAUAAUGAACCACAUGGUUGUUUUCACACCAGAGUUCAAUGAUAUAUUGCUAUUGUUUAUUACACUUUGUUCUGGUUACUGUGAAAAAUGUAUGCAUCAAAUGAAUGGUGCCACUAGUGUGCUGAAAGGGAAAAGUUCAUGGGCAACAUCACCAAAAUGAAACAUCAGAAGGGAUUGCGUCCAUGUAGGUAACCUGGACUCGCUCCUGAGGAAUAAGGAGGAUACUGUUAUUUGAAGAAUGAGAGACCAAACAACGUCCAAUGGAGCAUUCACAGAGCAGUUCUCAGAACUUUGCAAGAAAUACACCUGAUCCUUUAUGGCCAGUUGCAGCUUUUUGCCUUCCCUAAACUUUGUCUCCUCGGAUUAUGUUGUUUGUUGAGCAGCGCUGAAAUAAUCGGUAAAAAUGGCAGACAAUAAUGUUAUUAACAAUGGCAAAGACGAGGCUGGCCAAAGCACGGAAGAUGUUUGUCGGGACUACCUGCGCAAUGUCUGCUAUCGCGGCAAGACCUGCAAGUACCUCCAUCCGGAUAUAAAUGAGGUACAUGACCUAGGUGUGAAAAAGAAUGAGUUUGUCUUCUGUCAUUAUUUUAUGAAUAAUGUAUGUACCCGUGCAAAGUGCACAUUCAUACAUGGGACAGUAGAGGAUGAGGAAUACUACAAAAAAACAGGGGAACUUCCCUUGCAUUUGCGCUCGAAGGUGGCUGAAACCUAUGGUCUCUCAGUUUCUGACCUGCCUGCUGAUAAAGGUGAGAUCCCAGUAUGCCGUGACUACCUUAAAGGUGACUGUCAAAGAGGCUCGAAGUGUAGGUUCCGGCAUUUCAAACGUGACAAUUUAGAACCUGAAACCAAGCUAACUCGAGAUCCUCCAGUUUCUCAGCCGGUACGUAGAUAUGAGCGAUUGGAUAAUGAUAGUGGCAUCAAUUGCUAUGAGUACGACCACCGCUUGAAGAGGAGAAAGUUGGAAGGGUUUGAGUUUGAAGUCUAUGAAUAUGAUCUCACAAGUCGGCGAGCGGUUGACUCUGGAUACCUGGAGGAGGAGAACAUUAUGUUGCGAAACCGAAAUGAGGAACUCAAGAAACAGGUGUCAAAUUUGAUGGGCAACAAUGAGGUCCUUUUGGAGCAGAAUGCAUUUCUCCGCAACCAGAUCAAGGCCGCAAUGCUGAACGUUCUGCCCACAACAACAUCAACAACAACCGGGAGAUUUGGUCAUUGCACUUCUCCAGGAAUUAAGACAAGGGGACUUUGGGAGUAAAUUGCUUCUAAAAUUGCAAAAUAAUUCUUUACAUCUCAGCACUGAUCCUCUAUGUUUAAGUCCUUUCUCCUGUGACUCUGAAUGAAGUUGGGGGAAGGGUGGGGAAAAUAUUCUUGGAAUAUUAAAAUCCCAAAAUAAUGUUUUAUGCUUCAAAAUAUCCAGUCAAGAUACAUACCAAGUUUUUUUGAUAAGUUGACACGGCUACGCAUGAAGCAUCAAAUGGAUUUUUGCUGAAAACAUUUUUCUUGAUGUUAGCAACAAUAGCUAAGUUAACUUGGGUAUAUGUGUUAGUUGGAAGAGGCAUUGAAGAGCUAGUGCCAAGUAGUUGUCCAACAUAGGUCACCAUCAUAGAAAAUAAAUAUCAUUUGCAAAAUCUGAGUAGUUUGCUGAGGAAUAAGUUUCUGAACACACUUUUUGUAAAAAGUAAUUUACAAGGCAAAGUUUAAUGACAAUCUGUUCAGCUUAAGUGAGUUACCACAAACCUUUUAAUGGUGAUCUAGGUUAGUGUACGUGGGAUCAGAAUGGUAAUGUCCAUGCUGCCUUUGGAUUGAGCUGAACAGACUUUAACGUUCCAACCUGUCACUGAGUCAGUUGGAACACCUUCUAACAUGUCUGAGGCACUAAUAUAAACUAUUGCUAAGGAAUUCUGGAAUUACCCGGAAAUCUAAUGAUACAAAACUGCAGUACGUUUUCUUAGUUGUGUUGCCUUGAAAACAGUGCAGCUGGCAUGUAAUGAAAGAAAAUUAUAUAGGCUAUCCCAGUUUUGUCCAAAAUGGACACUUGUCCUUUUAUGAAUAAAAAUGCGCAUUACAGCAUCCACUUUUGAUUAAAAAAAAAUUUUUUUUUGGCAAUCUGCAAAUCCUGGCUCGCAUUGAGCAAUGUUCUCCCAAGCCCUAGGAAAAACUUGCAAUCCUUAUUGUGUUUACUGUCUUUCCCUUGCCUUCCCACUCCACCCACCCUGCCCAUCUGCUGCCAUCACCAACCUAACCACAUUUCAGAAAGUUUAAAGUACAGCAGGACUGGGAAUGGUCUUGCUGGUUAAAUGAGCAGGCUCCAGACACCAUGAAAUGGAAAAGUCAUGAGAAUUUGCAAUUCUACAGUUGCAUUGGAAUAAAUGCAAGUAUGCAUUGACAAUUCUGAUUAAGUGAAAUCUGGUGUUGUCGCUAUUCAGUUCUAAUAUUUUAGACACUGUCCUUCAAAUCAAAAUAACAGGAAAUAAAAUGAUAUCUAAUAUUCACAACUUUGUGCACAAGAUACCACAUCAUCAUAUGGCGGUAUUAGUGUGUUCCAGUUCUAUUUGUUAACUGAUCACUUGGCUUCAUUUAGGAAAGCAAUCAUACCAGAGACAGGGACAGAGCUUGUUUGCACAAAGGCGCACAAUGUCACAGCUUGAGAGGUACACUUUCGGAACAAAUAUUUUUGAGUUUUAUGUUUUGAAUAUAUGACAAACUACUGCUUAAUACUGAAAAUCCUCCCCCCCCCAACUAGUAUUGCGCCACCUUGUGUGAACUUGGUGAAUGGGAAUAUUUGUUUGCUUGUGAAUUGUUGGGAACAAUAUUAUUAAACCUUUCCAGACAAAGACAGCUCCCAGCCUUUAAAUUUAAAUCGUAAAAUAUAUUUGUGAUGCUUUUUCUUUGAAGGUCGAAACUAUCCAGACAAUGUGUUUUUAGCUAAUGUCAGUCAACUUGUCAUAGAUAAUUAUACAUCAAAGGUGCCCUGAAACUUGUCUAAGAAUAAACAAACAUGAACUAAAAUAUCCAUAAUGUAGCUUCUUAAAAGUAUUUUCUGGGGUUAAGAGAUAGCUAACUUCUGACAAGUGACACUCAAUAAUUAAAAACUAGUGCUUGAGAUAUAUUGUCAUAAAAAUGACUUUUCUCUUGUAACUCUCAAUCAUGUUAGUUGUCACCUGUGAAAUUGUUAGAAUUCUAUUAUUGCCAUUUUACUAUGCUAGUCGUGGUAGGGGGUGAGGGCAUGAGGUAAAACUACUGCAUUAAAAUGAGUGUUUAUGCAUAAUUUAUGUUAAAUACAUAAAUCUGAAAUGAUAAUUAAGCCACAUUUUUAUAUUUUUGGGUUCUAUUUGCCAUUUUCAGUUUGCUAUUCCAAACAUUAAUUAGACUUUGAUGCACAAAAAUUAUUUUCAAACUUCGAUCCUGUAAAUGGAGGCUAGUCUGGACAUUACAGGCAUUUGAAUUGCAGAUAUGCACGUUCGUGCCUUUGAAUUUUGUGGCUGGAAAGGUUUAAGUGUAUGUGUGUACGAGUGGGGGGAAAAAAGGCUUGCAGGUAGUUUCAAUUAAUUUUGGACUCUUGUAUUUGUCUGUUUAAUACCUGCCUUAUAUUAAAUUGUUGUUGCCUAAUUAUAGAGCCACGCACGCAGUUUAAAAAUAUAGGUUUCUAAAAGUUGAUCAGUGCGUGUAUAGUGAGGUGAUUUAUUUUCAAUUAUUAAUGCAUGGUUGUCUUAUUUUUGCUCCAUUUGCUCUUAUCGGAGAAGGGUAGAUUAAUGUUCAGCUAUUACUUUAUAAAUGAAUUGCUAGAAACCACUCAACUGCAGCUCCACCUUUAGCUGAGAAAUGUUAAGGGACAUUAUUGGAUAGGGGAAGACCUAAAAUUUCAUUGAAGUGUAUUUGUUUUGAAUAAUGCUUGGAGGGAGCCGAUAUAAAGCAGCUCCCCAAUAUUGACCCCCUCGCGAAGUUGGAAGUCUAUUGGCCUCUUGGAAAUGUUAAGACAGCCGAUGACCAACAGCUGCCAAACCUAUCUUCCAGAAGCAUAUCAUUUCUGAAGGAUAUGGAUUACUUGAGUUUUACUGACAAAAAACGUACUAAUACGAUACAAAUUGAGAAAUGUGGUGAUCUUGUGGAUCCUGAUAGUGUAGACAACUUGGAUAAAAGCUGGUCAGGGGUUGGGGCUACAUGGCCAUUCUUUGCAAACUGCUAUUUAAUACAAAAUUAGGAAAGAUUUGUGGUGUAGAUCCAAACUGGUUGAGAUGGUCAAACUAAUUUCAUGGAGAACUUUCAUAGGCAGAAGAAAGAUACAUUUUCCAUUUCAUCAUUCUGAACCAGGUUUCAAAUUAGGUCCCGAAUACUCCCGCUAAUAUCAAAUACCUCAUUGUAUAUGAUGGCUCCAAAGCGUCCCAACCCAAAUCGUCACCUAUCCAUGUUCUUCAAGGAUGCCACCUGACCCGCUGAGUUCCUGCAGCAUUUUGUCUUUCCAUGGUAAAACUAGGAUCUGGUUUCUAUACUACGGUCUGCUUCAGUCCCACUUUAUGGUCUCUGAUUAGGUGUGUUUUCAGGCUUCAAUACCUCCCUACAUUUUGGGGAUAGAUUUUAACUCCAAUUACAUUUCAUACCAAAAUACAUAAGUCAGCCUAUUUUCUUGUUUGUGAUUUCUUUCAUGACACACACACACCUGUGGGAAAAGAUUUAGCAUCUGACAAGAUUGCAUUUGUAAGACUCAUCAUGAGGCGCAAAUUUCAUAUUCACCAAAAAGCAGCAAUCAAAAGCAUAUAACACUGCAGCCUCAAACGUCUGUGCUGCAGAAAAUGCCCAUUUAGAAUAAAGUAGGUUUCACAAUAACAUGAGAAAUUCUGGUUGAGUCUUGUACUCCUUUGUGAAUGACUCUUCCCACAGGCACAUUUAACACCCACCUGCGCAUGGGUCCAUCUACACACACGCUAUUUUGGAGACAUGUCCGAGAAAUCAUUUGAUUUCCCCAGCUUGUCCCAUCUCCUCCUAUACAUUACUAUAAUUCUUGCUCCUGUUACAACUCUUCCUCUUUUAUCAAUCCCAGCCUUUAUUUUGCAAUGCAGCACCUUCAUUUAUGUAGAUCUCUGCUUAUAAUAUUUUUUGGGGCUUGUUUGCGCUAUGAAAAUGUGCAGUUUUACCAUGCCAAGAGGGUUUGUGCCCCAAUCGUCUUUCUGUUAAGAUGCAAAAGAUGCAGAGAAUCAGAUGGCACAAAAAGUAAAUUGAACGUUUUAAAAUUAGAUAACCAUGAUAGUUGAAAGGGAAUAUUGAACUCAAAACAAAAAGUAGCAAGGAAGGAAAGGUAAGGAUUGAGUGGUAAGCAGUAUUCGACUGCAAGUCAAAAUUAAAUCACAACAUGCACACAACGAUGUGAAAAGUAUCAGUACAGCUCUGAAAGGUCCUGAAUGAAAGCCACAACUUAAUGUUGGGAAUAGGAAUAGUUUUGAUUUUAAAUAAGGUAAAUUGGAUUUUAAAUAGUAUUAAGCAACUGUUGAUGUAGUGUGAAACAUCCUGUUUUCUGUGGCUGGUAUAUGUGGGAUGGUGACAUCAGUCAACCAUCUUCGACUUUGUUAAUGCAAAAACAUUGAGGUUAUUUAGCAAUUUUGACUGGCGAAAAAAUCUAUCAUAUGUGUUUAGUGUAUAAAUUCAUCUGGAUGCUACCAACCUAAAAAUAUAAUUUACCUGCUACUGAGUUUAGUCUGGAUAGGAGAGUGAAUAUAGUCUAGCCAUUAAUUUCAAGCCAUUAACAUUGUUUAAUGUAUUUUGAAGUCUGCUUAAUACUUUUGGGUGAAUGAUUCCACUUCAACUUAUGAUUCAGGAACCUUAGUGUGGUCUUCAGUUUCAUUUGCUUCUCCUCUGUGAGGGAACAUGGCAAUAAAGGCAUAAAGAAAAAUCCUACCUAUGUUCUGACAAUGGCUGUGUUUCUGUAAGGGCUUAUUGAGACGAGCUGUAAGAAAAAAGGACACUGUUUUCAAGGAUUUAAUUUCUCCAAUUUGACAAUGUUGUAAGUUUAAUUAUUGUACUAUAUUGUAUCUUGCCAAUCAUUCUGCUUCUGUAUUAUUUUGUCUUGAAAUAAAUCUGGACAAAUUCUUCUG